GUGUGACCGCACCGGGAAUCCCUGCGGUCACCGGCCGCAGCUGCGGCUGCCGGUGCGGAGGCGACCCCGGUGCUCGGCUCCCGCAGUCAUUGACCUGCUGCUGGUGAGCGAGGUGCGGCAGAUGGCCAGCGUGGCCCACAAGAUCCGCAUGGAGCUCCUGACCGUCAACGACGUGUACCUCCUGUCCACCUUCCGCCUGCCCCCCAAACAGGGGGGGACCCUCUUCGGCCUCUACUCCAAGAAGGACAACACGCGGUGGCUGGAGGUCUCGGUCGUGGGGAAGAUCAACAAAGUCCUGGUGCGGUACCUGCGGGAGGACAACAAGGUGCACUCGGUCAACCUGCAGCACGCGCACGUGGCGGACGGGCAGAGCCACUCUGUCAUCGUGCGCCUGAGCGGGCUGCGCAGGGACACCCUGAGCGUGGAGCUCUACGUCGACUGCAAGCAGAUGGACUCCAGCGUGGGGCUGCCCGAGCUGUCCGAGAUCCCCCUGGCCGAGGUGGAGGCCAUCGAGGUGCGCACGGGGCAGAAGGCCUAUCAGAGGAUGCAGGGGUUCGUGGAGUCCAUGAAGCUGAUCCUGGGCGGGUCCAUGAGCCGCGUGGGGGCCCUGAGUGAGUGCCCUUUCCAAGGAGAUGAGUCCAUUCACAGUGCAGUGACGAGUGUGCUGGCCUCCAUCCUGGGUGAGCAGACCAAGGCGCUGGUCACGCAGCUGACCCUCUUCAACCGGGUCCUGUCGGAGCUGCGGGAAGACAUUAGGGACCAGGUGAAGGAGAUGUCUCUGAUCCGCAACACCAUCAUGGAGUGCCAGGUCUGCGGCUUCCACGAGCACCGGUCCCGCUGCAACCCCAACCCCUGCUUCAGCGGGGUGGACUGCAUGGAGACGUACGAGUACCCCGGGUACCGCUGCGGGCCCUGCCCACCAGGGCUGGAGGGCAACGGCACGCACUGCGCUGACAUCGAGGAGUGUGCCCAUGCCAACCCCUGCUUCCCUGGCUCCAAGUGCAUCAACACGUCCCCCGGGUUCCGCUGUGAGCCUUGUCCCCGUGGCUAUCGAGGCAACACCGUCUCUGGUGUGGGGGUGGACUAUGCCAAGGCCAGCAAGCAGGUUUGCACGGAUAUCGAUGAAUGCAAUGACGGGAACAACGGGGGCUGCGACCCCAACUCCAUCUGCACCAACACGCUGGGCUCCUUCAAGUGUGGUCCCUGCAAGUCGGGCUUUGUGGGGAACCAAACGUCGGGCUGCGUCCCCCAAAAGUCCUGCAGCACCACCACCACCAACCCCUGCGACAUCAACGGCUUCUGCUUGUUCGAGAGAAACGGGGAGAUCUCCUGUGCGUGCAACGUGGGCUGGGCUGGCAAUGGCAACGUGUGUGGGCCAGACACGGACCUGGACGGUUACCCGGACGAGCCCCUGCCCUGCAUUGACAACAACAAGCACUGCAAGCAGGACAACUGCCGCCUGACGCCCAAUUCCGGGCAGGAGGAUGCCGACAACGACGGCAUUGGGGACCAGUGUGAUGAUGACGCUGAUGGUGAUGGUGUCAAGAACGUGGAGGACAACUGCCGGCUCUUCCCCAACAAAGACCAGCAGAACUCAGACACCGACUCCUUCGGGGAUGCCUGUGACAACUGCCCCAACGUGCCCAACAACGACCAGCGGGACACAGACAGCAACGGCGAGGGGGACGCUUGUGACAACGACAUCGAUGGGGACGGGAUUCCCAACAUGCUGGAUAACUGCCCCAAGGUGCCCAACCCUCUGCAGACGGACCGGGAUGAGGAUGGUGUUGGGGAUGCCUGUGACAGUUGCCCUGAAAUGAGCAACCCCACUCAGACAGAUAUGGACAGCGACCUGGUAGGAGACAUCUGUGACACCAAUGAGGACAGUGACGGGGACGGGCAUCAGGACACCAAGGACAACUGCGCCGAGAUCCCCAACAGCUCCCAGCUGGACUCGGACAAUGAUGGGCUGGGGGACGACUGUGACAAUGACGAUGACAACGAUGGCAUCCCAGACUACGUGCCACCUGGCCCAGACAACUGCCGCCUCAUUCCCAACCCCAACCAGAAGGACUCGGAUGGGAAUGGCGUGGGUGACGUCUGUGAGGAGGACUUUGACAAUGACACCGUGGUGGACCAGCUGGACGUGUGUCCCGAGAGCGCCGAGGUGACGCUCACCGACUUCCGCGCCUACCAGACCGUCAUCCUCGACCCCGAGGGGGAUGCCCAGAUCGACCCCAACUGGGUUGUCCUCAACCAGGGCAUGGAGAUCGUGCAGACCAUGAACAGCGACCCGGGCUUGGCUGUGGGCUACACGGCCUUCAACGGGGUGGACUUCGAGGGCACCUUCCACGUCAACACCGUUACUGAUGAUGACUACGCCGGCUUCAUCUUCAGCUACCAGGACAGCGCCAGCUUCUACGUGGUGAUGUGGAAGCAGACGGAGCAGACGUAUUGGCAGGCCACUCCUUUCCGUGCCGUGGCCGAGCCAGGGCUGCAGCUCAAGGCAGUGAAGUCCUCGACGGGCCCCGGGGAGCACCUGCGCAACGCGCUGUGGCACACGGGCCACACGCCCGACCACGUCCGCCUGCUCUGGAAGGACCCCCGGAACGUCGGCUGGAGGGACAAGACGUCCUACCGCUGGCAGCUGGCACACAGGCCCCAGGUGGGCUACAUCAGGGUCCGUCUGUACGAGGGCCCGCGGCUGGUGGCCGACUCCGGGGUGAUCAUCGACACCACGAUGCGCGGGGGGCGGCUGGGGGUCUUCUGCUUCUCCCAGGAGAACAUCAUCUGGUCCAACCUGCAGUACCGCUGCAACGACACGAUCCCCGCCGACUUCGAGCCCUUCCGCCGAUUCCUGCUGGAGGGACGCGAGUGACCGCGCCCAGCCCGGGCCUCCCCCGCCAGCGGCACCCGGGGGCGCCCCGGGCCCCGCCGCCCCUCCCGGCCGGGCCCCGCUCCCGGCCCCCCGCGGACUUUGCACUGCCGGUACCGGGGCCCCGCGGUGCCGGGGCUUCCUCUGCGCCUGCCCCGGGCGCUCCGGUCCCUGCCCCACGCCUGGCCAUAAAGUUUUGAGUGUUUUCUA